AUGCAAGAGCGGUUUCCUCCAAAACACAGCUUUGAGUACUUGGAGUUCUCUUUUCCAUCCUCAGAACUAUCAUCCCACAGCAUCAUCUACAUCCCCAACAUCCCCAACGUUGCCAAUAUGUACCCUAGUCGCCAGAAGUCUAGGAGUACGUACAGCACGAUGCCGGAUAGUGCUGGUUACUUAGAGUCCUCAGAGCCCCAACAGAUGGGAGGCCUGUCCAAUAUCCCCACCAGCGCUGCAUCCAACUCUUACAUGUCCCCCCUUCAGCAGAUGAACUUUAUGGACGCCCAACCAGACCCUCGGUCCUUCCUAGCCCCGCGGAAUUAUUCCACGGGGAGAAGGGGAUCGACAGACACUGACACAAUUGGCUCUCAAUACGCAUGGUCCACUGCGUCUAACGCAGACAUCCUCUCAAACUCUCCGCACAUGCCCCCCUUUGAGACCACCAUCGGCCCCACCACAACGCCCUUCAUUCAAGGUUACUAUCCCCGGGAAUCUCUACAGCUCGCUAUGAACGGCCCGGGCGUGUCGGGCUAUACUCCUCAGCAAAUAGAUAAAUGGUGCAUUGAGAGCGAACCAGCCAGAGACUUCUACCAGCCACAGCCCUUCCCAAACAUGGGCUCUAUGCGUUUUCCACCAUCAGCGGAGGUGCAACCAGAGCCCUACCCAACAUUCAACAACCAACUCAACACUGCGAACGAGCAGUGGCUCUCUUGUCCACCCCAUUCCUCUGAUCCGAUCCCAGAAACCUUCUUCUCAGUUCCCCGAUCCGUCUCGGCUCCUCGAUCAGUCCCAGCUCCAACAACCCAUAUCUACCAAUCCACCGCUACAACCACCUCAAUCUCCUCAUCGCCAGCACACUCCCUCUCCGACCCAGAUUCUCCACCAGCCGCACCAGGUUCAGCCUCCGGCUCAGGCUCCGGCUCCAACUCAGGCGACCUAAGCAACUACGGCAUCCCAACGGGCGACGGCACCUGGCGCUGCGCACACCCAGGCUGCUCCUCGCAGGCUGUCUUCCAUCGAGGCUGUGAUCUGAGGAAGCACUUCAACCGCCACCGCAAGUACCUCUUCUGUCGCUAUGAGGGAUGUCCUCAGUCUGCGAAGAAUGGGUUUAGCAGCAAGAAGGACCGUGCUCGGCAUGAGGCGAAGCAUAAUCCUGGUGUGUUUUGUGAGUGGGAGGGCUGUGGGAAGGUGUUCAGUCGUGUCGACAAUAUGAAGGACCAUGUGAGGAGGAUUCAUCGGAAGGGGGAGGCUGCAAGGGCUUGA